AUCAGGAUUGGACGGAUGAGGUGUGAUACCAAAAUCAGACAGAAUAAAGUUUUUGACACCAACUAAUGGUGUUACCAAGGGAAGUAUUAGGCAGCAGGUCACGCAGAAGGAUCUCUCCUUAUUUCUGUGUGUGUUGUGAUACUUUACAACAGUGUUUUAAUCCACUAUAACCAUACGUAGACAUUAAAAAAUUGUUCUUGUCUAGUACAUAAGCACCAUUUUCCUAGAAUUUAUUUCCAUGCACCCACUUUUUACUGAGUGUCCUUUGAUGCUCCUGGAGGAUCAUUCAGAGGGGUCUCUGGUAGUUGUAUCCGCGGAGUGCUCUGAUAUUAAAGGUGACCUUGCCGUGAACUUUUCCUUUGGCCAUGUGCUUUUGCUUCUUGUUACAGAACUUGCCCCAAAAUACUGUGGGCUUCCUUAUCGCUAUGCCGAGUGCUUCAAGCCAUGUUUAUCAACUUGCGUCCACAGCUUUACAUCCUGUUAUAUUUCUGCCCUGUUAGUCUUUAAGCAAUUUCAGGGGAGGUGAAAAUGUUUAUUCUCGCUUAUUUAUCAACACCCUGGAAACCAGACGGACCCUCUCACCUCUGUCUCCCUCCCCUCAAUUUCUACCUCCCUCUUCCCCUGCACAUUGCAACUCUUCCCCACUGAAUCCUUUCCACUGCAGGGAGCUGCUGAGGAGCUGCAUGAUCCAUCCCUGGAUUCUCCAAGCACUGACUGCCCAUCCACGCUGACCACAGCCAGGGGCCACAUCCCACUGCCUGCCCAGCAUCCAUCCAUGGAGGUGACCACUGUGUCCCCAUCUCCUGCCAAUUCACCCACUGAAGGAGAUAAUCUGUGUGAGACAGAUAUCAUCAGUGUGGCCAUACACAGUGUGACAUUGCUCAUCGGCCUCUGUGGGCUGGCUGGGAACGGGGCUGUCAUCGGCCUCCUCAGCCUGAAAAGCCGUAACUAUGGCAUCUUUGACCUCGCUGUCACCGACUUCCUCUUCCUUCUCUUCACAGUCCUCUCUGCCCUCCUCUUCCUGGUGGAGGAUGUGUCCUGCUCUCAUAUCAUGCCCAGGCUGUACGUGCAGUUUUUUUUUGAGCUGUCAGUAGUCUCCUACUACUGGGCACUGUUCUGGCUGAUGGUCAACAGCCCUGUGCAUUAUAUGUACAAGAUAUGGAAAUUGUGCUGCCACUGGGACCCUCCCGAGCGAAUGUGGUUGGUGGCAAACAGCGUCAAAUCCUAUGCCUUCUUUGCUCUCUUCACUGUCAUUCCCACAGUAACAUUCCUGUGCCCAUCAUAUGAGCAGGAGCGCUGCCGGGCAGCUUUCCUCUCCGUGUUCAGCCUCAUCCUGCUCCUCUUUGCGGCACCCGUGGUCAUUUCCAGCACAAUCGAUUUCAUCAAGGCCAAGCGAGGCUCCCAGCAGCAGCAACCCAAGAGGCGCGACAUCGUUAUCUUCCUCACUGUGCUCUUCACUCUCGUCCUCAGCCUCUGCAAUUUCCUGCAGCAGCUCGGUUACAUCGCUGUGUCCUCCCAGGUGGUUUUCCUGCUCACCUGCAUCAACAGCAGCAUCAAACCCUUCAUCUACUUUGUGGCAGGGAGGUGCAGGAGACCCUGCUCCAUGGGGAGCUGCUGGAGGCUCUGUACAGUGGGGUCCCUCCGUCUCUACCUUCAGAGGGUCUUUGAGGAGCCGAAAGAAAAAGCUGACCAGAGCCAUGAAGCCCUCAGGGACAUGGGGAUCUGAGCCUGCUAAUCCUUCCCACUGCUCUGCUGAAGGACCUCAGCACAGAGGCUGAGGGUUUCAUUGAAUCACCUGAGAAAUAAAUAUCCACAGGAUCACUCUCCCCGUGGCGGUGAAUUCCUGCAGGAGAAGGGAGCACGGGCAUUGCCUUGGGUGACUUUUGUGGGCUGCUCUGCAGGGAGCACAUUGGAGCACGGCUUUCCUCCUCCCUCCUGGAUCCACAAGGCUCCAAGCAGUGCAGCUGGGCUCAGUGCUGUUCCCCAGCUCUAUUCCCCAUGGAAUGACCCUCAUGGCCUCGGCCCCAGGGAAUGAACUCCAUCUCCUCUGGCUCAGCAGAUGAGUUUCAUGGUGCUUUCAGGGAGCUCUUGCCUGCAAAGCAUGGGACACACCCAGCACGGAGUGGCAGUGAUUUCCCAAAUUCCUGUGGGGCUGGGGCCUCUGGAUGGUAGGAGAGGGGUCAGGAUCACACAGAGCAUCCUUCCCUUUCUGUCCGGCUGUCCUUUUCAGGGGAAAUUUGGCAGAGAACGCCCAGAGUGGUUCCUCUAGAAAAGAAGAUUCAUUUGGCCCCUACCCAACUGAUUUGGGAAAAAUACCGCCUUGGAGAGAAGGGGAAAAAACUGCUUAUUAAACAAUAAAACGGAAACAAUAUUAAACAAUAA